AUGCAAGAGACGAUAAAGAGGAACUGGAAGCGCAUGAACGAGAAGACGUACCUAGAAGACCUAAAAGCGACUCUGCCGCCACUACGCAGGCCAACGACUAAACUAGCACUCGAUAACUACGUCCGCGACGUGACUACUGCUAUUAAGAUAGUAGUAGAGAAGGCGACUCCAGAUAGAGUAGAAGAGGCAGCGCAGUCGCCAGAGAAGCUGUGGAAGCUCGCAACCUGGGCUAAGACAAGAGGUAGUGUGGCUUCUAGGGUCACACCUGCCAUACGACACCCAACGAUAGAACACGAAGUUAUAGAGCCAGCUGAUAAAGUAACUCUGUUCCGAGAUGUCUUCUUCCCCGCCCUACUAGCAGCAGACCUGACAGACAUACAGGACGCUGAGUACAGCAGCUAG